AAUGACUGUUCAUAACGCAGUUCCUACUACCAACAGUGAGUGCAAAGGCGCACAAUUCUAAAGAUUGUAGGAACGUAACCUCGCUAGUGAAAAUGUGCCGGUUGAAUUUCCGUAUUAAGGUAGACUUGUGUAAAUUUUAUAACGAUGUGCGUCGAUUUUGUUGGAUUUUUGUCGACGGUUCGAGAACACUGCGAAUCUCCCACGCGAUGGAGCACAUUUCAAAGUUAUUUAACAUUAAAGAGCCGUUUCAUUUGGUCUUGAAUCAAACUGAAUACCUGCCACCUAAUGAGGAUAUUCGAGUUCUCAAAGAAAAUGAAACGAUACUUGUAUGUCCAGGAACAGGCCUUGAAUGUGGAACAGAGACAUCUGAGGUAGUAAACAAUUCAGUGGCACAAUCAGAAGUUCAGAACAUCUUUGCAAAGACAGAGGUAUUUAAUCAUUCAGUUUUACACAAGGAGUCGCAGACUAAUUUUUAUCCAAAUGACUCAGAUUCAAUUUUAAUUCAAAAGAGUGAAUUGAACGAAGCUGUAAAUAGGUCUCAAACCGAUGUUUUAGAAACUAGUAUGGUAUGUGAGAGGAUGGAAGAUGAACAAAGUAGUACAACCAAUUCAAAAGUAGAUGGAAGCGUGUUUACAGAUUUUAAUGUAGAUAGCAGUUUACGCCCGAAGAGAAAAAGAACAAGAAGUCGAAAGAAAAAGGCACAGGAGAUUAAGGAACCAGUGAAAAUUGAAAUCAAAGCUGCAAAGCCCAAAAUAAUUGAUUCUUUUAUCAUUUCUACUAACAAGCACAUAAGGUUUGAUAGUAUAGAAUCCCCGGAAAUGGUAGCAAAGCAAAUUACUCCUAACAAAAAGAUGAAUGGCUCUUACACUAAUGAAGCAACACCUUCUCAUAAGCUUGCUAAUUUAUUAUCACUGGGUCAAAAUUCUACACCAAUUACUUUCACAAACUCGCAGGUGAAGGAGGAGAUAAAAAUUGAACAUGUGUCUGAUGAAGAUACUCGACCUAAUAUUUCUUUUGAGACUAAUAGCGAGAGUAAAAAUUUCGUCAAGGCGUUGCAAGAAGGAAAAGAGUUAACAAGUAAAGAUCUUGAAACUUGUCCACCUCUCAUAACUAAACCUGAACUGAAAAGUAUCCUAGCUUUUAAAAUGCUUAAAAUUGGUGCAGAUUAUACACCACAGGUAUCAGAAUUUAUUGUAGCUGAAGUGAUAUCUUAUUGCCCAGCAAGUUUGUUGUACACCUUCAAAAUCAUGCAGGGUAUAUUAGAAGUUCAAGUACCAGUUGGCAAGUUUACUCUCAUAGAAGAUGAUGAAGAACAAACACUAAAUGAUACUAUUACAAUAAAUAUUGCACAAUUAAUAGAGCCACGAAUCGUGUCAAUGACUGACCCAAAUGGAGCAUCAACUCCAGUUAAUAAUUGUUCUACUAUAAUAGAUCAUGUUAACAAUUGAUAUGUAUAAACUCUUGUGAUAUUUUUUCAUAUUUUACAUAUGUUAAUAAA